AUGCAUCCUGCAUGUGCGGCAUGCAAGCAUCAAAGGAAGAAAUGCAGUGAAAACUGCAUAUUGGCACCUUACUUUCCAUCAAACAGAAGCCGUGAGUUUCACGCAGUGCACAAGGUUUUUGGUGUGAGCAACAUAACGAAGUUGGUAAAGAAUGCAAGAGAGGAGGAUAGAAGAAGAGUGGUGGAUUCAUUGACAUGGGAAGCAUGUUGCAGACAAAGAGACCCUAUUCAUGGCCCUUAUGGAGAGUACACAAAGGUUUACAAUGAGUACAAGAAAGUGUUGGAUGAACUCAAGAGAUUCAGAAGCCAACACCAGAUGUUGCAGUUUCCCUCUCUAGGAUUCAAGUCUGUGCAAGAUUUCAUUGCUUGCAAAGGAGAAGAGAAAGCAGAAGAAGAUUAUCUGCAUGGGAAAAAGAAUGCUAUUGUUGAUUCUGAUAUUUACAACACUUAUUGUUCAAAUUAUUUGCAAGAGUUUCAGAAUCUCAGGCCUGAAGUUGUCAUACCCUUUCAGCAUCACUCUCAACCAUACUACAUUACAGGUAUUGUUUAG